AUGAUGCUGGAGGAACAGGGGAAUUCGUUUACUGGUGGCUGCUGCAGCUCUUUGUUGGGCCAAAAUGAGACCCAGGUCAGCGGCCCAACAUUAAGCCCAAAGAGGAACGGCGGCGUCGUCAACCUCGUGGUCUCCUCUCUGGCUCUCUCUCCACCCGCUUCCCCCAAACAAAUUUCCCACUGCCAUCCCAACCCGAUUCAAUCCCCCCAAGCACUCUCCUCGGAUCAGAUCCCCUCCAUUGGAUUGGAUCUCCUCUUCUCCUUCCUGUCGGAGCAAGGCCAGGUGGUCCGGCUCUCUCUAUCAGUCGCCAUGGACGAUGAGGAACUUGUUGAUCAAAAGAAGUAUCUUGAGGAACGAUGCAAGCCACAGUGUGUAAAAUCACUUUAUGAGUAUGAUAAAUGUGUCAAGAGAGUCGAGAAUGAUGAUACUGGACACAAACACUGCACCGGGCAGUAUUUUGAUUACUGGUCAUGCAUCGACAAAUGUGUAGCACCAAAGCUGUUUAAGAAGCUAAAGUGAUGUCUGUGGUGGUGCUUUUGGCAAGUGACUCAGAUGAUGCAUGAUGCUACUUUCGGCGAGCGACUUAUCCAUUUGCGUUAACCUUGGCGCCUUUGGAACUUGGCUGAGCUCCCGAACUGUUAUGUUUGUGCCUUGAUUCUGUGAACUUGUAAUAAACCAACAAUUUUCCUUCCCAAGCAUGUGUGUUCCUUUGGACUUAGCAUGGAUAAGUUGAUGUUUGCUGAAUCUAAUGUCAUUGCCCCAGUGCCAUUCCAUUGAACUGAGCAUGGAUAUAAGUUGAUGUUCGGUGAAUCUGA